UUUAACCAUGGCCAGAACUGUUCUGCAGGUUCUCGUAUCUUUGUUCAAGAGAGCAUAUGGGAAAAGUUCUUGGACCAGUUCACAGAGCAGGCACGCGCGAUCAAGGUUGGUGAUCCUUUUUCACCCGACACGUACCGAGGGCCACAGGCGUCUAAGACUCAAUUUGAGCGCAUCAUGGGAUACAUAACCUCGGGCAAGAACGAUGGUGCUACCUUACACAUUGGUGGCAAGCAGAUUCGCCGAGAGGGAUACUUUAUCGAGCCAACAAUUUUCACGGAGUGCCAGCCCGACAUGAAGAUCGUCAGAGAAGAGAUAUUUGGUCCUAUCGUGUGCAUCAUGAAGUUCAACAUCGAAGAUGAGGUUGUUGAACAGGCUAAUGAUACGUCAUACGGACUUGCCACAUCAGUGUUCACCAAAGAUAUCGACAGAGCAAUUCGUGUUGCACACGCUCUCGAAGCCAGCGCUGCUUCGUUAUCUCAUCUCGCGCGUUCGUGGUGUAAUGACGCCUGGCAGAUAAAUUGCGCCAACCAGACUGAAAUAUCGAUGCCAUUUGGAGGCUUCAAGCAGUCAGAGAUAGGUCGUGAACUGAGCGAGUACGCUUUGGAAAAGUAA